AUGCAUCCUUUUGAGGCCCAUCUUUUUUUUGAUGUCUGGCUGGGAAAGAACGCAAGAUGUCCUAUCAAGUUUCCCACAUUUGCCAGGACUGCUGAGUACUGCGCCCAACGUGUUGCAGAACGCCAAGCGUCGAGCGAUAAAGGCCCGCCUAUCGACUUUUUGGAUCAUUACAUCGAAGCCAAGAGGCUCAAUCCGGCAACUGUCACGGAUAAUGAAAUCAUAGGAUAUCUGAUGAUCAAUAUCCUCGCUGGGGCAGAUACUACAGCUAUUGUAACGAAAGCUAUCGUAUACCACGUUCUUUCCAACCCUGCAGUUCACAGCCGUCUUCGUGAUGAGCUCGAUACAGCUAAUCUAUCAUUUCCAGCGACCUACAACGAGACCAAAGAUCUUACCUACCUUGACGCCGUCAUAAGGGAAGGCAUGCGCAUUCACCCUGUUCUUGGAGGUAUUGUCGAGCGUGUUGUUCCUGCAGGCGGUCUCAAUCUACCCGAUGGUCGUGUCAUUGCCCCUGGCGUGCUUGUUGGGAUGAAUCCCUGGCUGAUCCACCGCAACAAGGAGAUUUAUGGCCAGGACUCCGAUGCAUUUCGGCCAGAAAGGUGGCUUCGCCAUGCUUUCGAAACGCAAGACGACUACCAGCGUAGGCUGAGGCGUAUGAAGGACGCAGAUUUCAGUUUCGGUUCCGGGAGCCGCGCUUGCAUAGGGAAGACCUUCGCUCUCGUUGAGAUAUUCAAGACCGUAGCAACACUCUUCCAUCGUUAUAAUGUGAGUUUUAUCCUGCCCGGUAGUGGCAGCGAUGACUAA